AUGCAUCCGGGGGUGUCCCCCACCUCCACGGAGAUGGUGAUGGGCCUGGAGGGCGUGGAGCUGGGAGCCGAUGGCAAGACCGUCUCGUACGCUCAGUUCCUCUUCCCGACGUUCGCCUUCCUGGGCCGGAGGGGCGAUGCGCCGCCGCCACUGCCAGGGGUGGGCGGUGGGGGCAGCAGCUCGGGGCCGCAGCCCCUGCAGCAGCGCAACAGCACGGGCCGCAACCUGGCCCUGUUGCGCCAGGCCACGUUCGAGGGCCUCAAGCCCAGCAGCCCCGCCGCCGUGGAAAGCGGCCUGGGCCUAGAUGCCGUGGAGUUCCUCGAGUACAACCCCAACCUCCUGGAGGACCCGCAGUGGCCGUGCGGGAAGCACAAGCGUGUGCUCAUCUUCCCCUCCUACAUGACGACGAUCAUCGAGUACGUGAAGCCGUCCGACCUAAAGCGUGACAUGAACGACACGUUCCAUGAGAAGUUCCCGCACAUCAAGCUCACGCUGAGCAAAAUCAGGAGCCUGAAGCGCGAGAUGCGCAAGAUGGCGCUAGAGGAGUGCGCGCUGGAGGAGUCGACGGUGGCCGUGGCGUUCGUCUUCUUCGAGAAGCUCGUGCUGCAGGGCAAGCUCAACAAGCAGAACCGCAAGCUGUGCGCCGGCUCCUGCCUGCUGCUCGCCGCCAAGAUCAGCAGCGACCUGCGCAAGCCGGAGGUCAAGAACCUCCUCGACAAACUGGAGGAGCGUUUCCGCGUGAACCGCCGUGAGCUCAUUGCGUUUGAGUUCCCUGUGCUGGUGGCCCUCGAGUUCAGCCUCCACCUCCCCGAGCACGAAGUGCUGCCCCACUACCGCCGCCUCGCCAGCCACGCCUGAGCCGCCCGGGGGGGUGGGGGGGGCGGGGGGGCCGCGGGGGACCGGAGUCGCCUCUGCAAGGUGCUGUCCCUCCAGAAUCGGAGAAUCGGAGUAUUUAUUAUUUAUUCUGGAGGAAUCCGACGGGC